AGGAACAUCUAUAAUUGAUGCCUGAGAUUCUGAGAACAUAAACCCCGGUUGCCGUCUUCUUACUGGAUGGAGCCUGUUGCAGUAGCCCACUGAGGGUUACUUCCCUUAGGCCCCUGGACUCGUCAGUAGGACUUCAGACAGGGAAGAUGCUGAGUUCUAUCAAAUGCGUGUUGGUAGGGGACAGUGCUGUGGGGAAAACCUCACUGCUGGUGCGCUUCACCUCUGAGACCUUCCCGGAGGCCUACAAGCCCACUGUGUACGAGAAUACCGGCGUGGACGUCUUCAUGGAUGGCAUCCAGAUCAGCCUGGGCCUCUGGGAUACUGCCGGCAACGAUGCUUUCCGGAGCAUCCGCCCCCUGUCCUACCAGCAGGCGGACGUGGUACUCAUGUGCUACUCCGUGGCCAAUCAUAACUCAUUUCUGAACUUGAAGAACAAAUGGAUUAGUGAGAUCAGGAGCAACCUACCCUGUACCCCGGUGCUGGUUGUGGCUACACAGACUGACCAGAGAGAGAUAGGACCCCACAGGGCCUCUUGCAUCAACGCCUUAGAAGGGAAGAGACUUGCCCAGGAUGUGCGAGCCAAGGGCUACCUGGAGUGCUCAGCCCUUAGCAACCGGGGAGUACAGCAGGUAUUUGAAUGUGCCGUCAGAACGGCUGUCAACCAGGCCAGGAGACGAAACAGAAGGAAGCUCUUCUCCAUCAAUGAGUGCAAGAUCUUCUAAAGCCCAACACCCGACCUGCGUGAACGUACCUCAAGGACUAACGGGGAGGGGAAGGUGCCAAGCCAAGGGGGUUGCUGCUCUUUCUUGGCACGUUUGAACAGCCUUUCUUUCUGGAUGGAGUUAUCAAGGGGGUCAGUCACCGAUGCUUCCACUAACUGUACUCUACAGUCAAACUCUUGGCCCAGCACAGCCAGAGAGAUUCCUUGGGAAGCCAAAUAAAUAGUCCAUCUUCAAUGAAAAACUAAACAACCAUCCUAAUUUAGACAAUGAAGUGAAUUUCCCGAGUAGGUUAUAUUUAAACUCACGUUUUAUUUAAAUAAUAGUAAUUAGUUGUAUAGCUUUUGUUUUCAUGCUUGGGAAGUCUUUUCUCUGAAAAGGCAAACUGCUGUAUGAGGGAAACAACCUUGUGGGGCUCAACCACGUGUCUGUAGUGUUCUUAUUUACUCCUGAAUUUAAUUUGGUUGAAACUAUUUGCGUGCUGUGUUUUUCUAGAUAAUCAAACUUUCAAAUGACCAUAAACGGGUCCCUGGAACUCAUUUUUCCAUUUCCCUAUUAUUCAGAGUUGUGUAUAAAUACAGCUCCAGACCGUAAGGUAUUUUAACACUGCCAAAUGAUUUGGAACAGUUACUAAUUUUUCUCUGAAAUUGCAAAAAAGUAUUUCUUAUUUACAAUAUUACCUGUCACUCAAAGGACUCCAGUUACACACCAAGUAUCCCUUUCUCACUCACUAAGACCGAGAUGGAAGGAAAAAUCUUUCUGCUAGAGAGUCACACCGUGGGAAAUGAUAGCAGCGGAGCUGGGCACAGAUGCAAGGGGACCCUUCUCCUUGUCCGGGUCUCCUGACACACGCUUUCUGACUUACUACAGGUCUCAGAAGAGGACAGGCAAACAUUCUGAACAAUAAUUAAUUUGACAAAGUAGUUCUCAGUUGAACUCUAAAUUGAAUGACACGACCCCAUCGUUUGUUAAUUUUAGGACAGAAUUAAAAUAAUUAGAAAGGCACCUGUGUACGUAUGUGGGUGUAUAUGUGUCCAAGGGGAA